AUGCUUAGCAGAAGGACCUCACUGGCUGUAAUAGGCGCUCUGAAGAGUAAGGCUUUGGUCAGGACUGCAGUCAAUGGUGCGAGACUCAACCUGAGAUUUGCUAGUACAGCUAAUGUGGAAAACGGCAAGGUUUUCAUGAACAGUGUUCAUUGGAAUCAAUAUCGUCUGCAACUGAAUGACAGCUCCAUACAGAACGAGCUCAAGCGGUUAGAAAAGAAAUGGUUGGAUGAUUUAGAGUUAAAAUCAGAUAAGAAUAAUAUUAGUCGAGAAGACAAAGGAAAUGAGAAUAAGAAUGAGAAUGAGAAUGAGAAUGAAAAGGAUGAUAGUGACAAAAAAGAUGAUGUGAAUGAGAAAGGCGUUGACAACUUGAGGGAGGAGAAGGAGCACAGUAACAGUCUCAAAUCAAAUGGUAGUCCUGCAACGUCUAGUUCAGGAAUGGCAGGAACGCCUCCCUCAUCUUCUGGGAGUGGCAGUGGCGAUGAUGGAAACAAUCCGAUGAAGGCAAAGAAACAUGUCUUGCCUGAAGUUUACCCUCAAAUGCUAGCCCUUCCUAUUUCUAGGCGUCCGCUGUUCCCAGGCUUUUACAAAGCUGUCGUCAUUUCUGAUGAGAGGGUUAUGAAAGUCAUCAAAGAGAUGUUAGAUCGUCAACAACCUUAUAUCGGCGCGUUUAUGCUUAAAAAUUCUGAUUCUGAUUCUGAUGUCAUUGAGAAAAUCGAGGAGGUUUAUGACGUCGGAGUUUUUGCCCAAAUAACGAGUGCGUUUCCGAGUAAAGAUGAAAAGACGGGUAUUGAAACAAUGACGGCACUCUUGUACCCUCACAGAAGAAUUAAAAUUGAUGAAUUACUUCCUCCAAAAGGCAAAGAUGCUCAGGAGAAAACAGUUUUAGAGAAUGAAGUUCAGGUCACCGAAAAUGAUUCAGAAAUCGCAAACAAUGAGAUACUCAGUAAGUCGAUGACAGACGAUUCAGUUAAACUUGUGGAGAAUGAACGUCAAAUCGCUGAGUCUACUGAGGAAGACGAAGACUCAAAUCCCACGGAAUUUUUGAAGGAACAUGAUGUUUCUUUAGUAAACGUAUCAAACUUAGAAGAUGAACCUUUUGAUAGAAAAUCACCUGUCAUAAAUGCUCUGACGUCUGAAAUUUUGAAAGUAUUCAAAGAAAUAUCUCAAUUAAAUACCAUGUUUCGCGAGCAAAUAGCGACUUUUUCGGCCUCGAUACAAUCUGCUACAACCAACAUAUUCGAAGAGCCUGCAAGGCUAGCAGAUUUUGCUGCUGCGGUAUCUGCAGGAGAGGAAGAGGAGUUACAGGAAAUUCUCGAAUCACUGAAUAUCGAACAACGCUUAGAGAAGUCAUUACUGGUGUUGAAGAAAGAGUUGAUGAAUGCGGAGCUACAAAACAAGAUCUCAAAGGAUGUGGAAACUAAGAUUCAGAAGAGACAAAGAGAAUACUAUUUAAUGGAACAACUUAAGGGUAUAAAAAGAGAGCUGGGUAUUGACGAUGGUCGCGAUAAGAUGAUCGAAACUUUUAAAAAGAGAGUCGAAAAGCUUCAAUUACCAGAGCAAGUUCAGAACGUUUUCGAUGACGAAAUAAAUAAACUCGCAACGUUAGAAACUUCUAUGUCUGAAUUUGGCGUCAUCAGAAAUUAUUUAGAUUGGAUCACAUCGUUACCCUGGGGAAUAACCUCUAAAGAACAAUAUUCUAUAUCACGAGCCAAAACCAUAUUAGACGAAGAUCAUUAUGGAAUGAAGGAUGUAAAGGAUCGUAUUCUUGAGUUCAUCGCGGUUGGAAAGUUGCUUGGUAAAGUUGAUGGCAAAAUUCUAUGUUUUGUUGGACCACCAGGUGUUGGUAAAACUUCCAUCGGCAAAUCUAUUGCGCGUUCAUUGAAUCGUGCAUUUUUUCGUUUUUCUGUAGGUGGCUUGACUGAUGUUGCCGAAAUUAAGGGACAUAGAAGAACAUACAUCGGUGCUCUACCUGGAAGAGUGAUCCAAGCCUUGAAGAAAUGUCAGACACAAAAUCCACUCAUAUUAAUUGAUGAAAUAGAUAAAAUCGGGCAUGCAGGUAUUCAUGGUGAUCCCUCUGCUGCAUUAUUGGAGGUUUUAGAUCCGGAGCAGAACAAUAACUUCUUGGAUAACUACUUAGAUAUUCCGAUUGAUCUAUCUAGGGUUCUAUUUGUCUGCACAGCCAACACUUUGGAUUCAAUUCCAAGACCGUUGCUCGAUAGGAUGGAAGUUAUCGAAUUAACCGGUUAUGUCGCCGAGGAAAAAGUUAAAAUUGCAGAACAGUAUCUGGCCCCAAGUGCAAAAAAGACUGCAGGCUUAGAAAAUACAAACGUCGAACUUACUGAAGAUGCAAUUAGAUCUUUAAUGAAACAUUAUUGUAGGGAAAGUGGUGUGAGAAAUUUGAAAAAGCAUAUAGAGAAGAUAUACCGUAAGGCGGCUCUAGAUGUUGUCAAACAAUUGAGCAUAGACGACACGCCUCGUCCAGAGAAUGCUGAAAAUAAAUCUUCAAAUGCCAAAGAUGCUCCGGUUGUUGGAAGCUCUGAAAUAGAAGGGGAGAAAAUUGAAAUUGAAAAGACGAAGGAUAGAGCCGAGGCACUCAAAGUCUCGGAUAAUAUCAAGGUCGUGAUAGAUCCAGAAAACUUGAAAAGUUAUGUCGGUCCUCCUGUUUACACCUCAGAUAGGUUGUAUGAGAUUACACCACCCGGCGUCGUGAUGGGGCUAGCAUGGACAAGUAUAGGAGGUUGUGCGCUAUAUGUAGAGUCGGUUUUGGAGCAACCGUUGCACGAUUGUAAACGACCAUCAUUUGAACGCACUGGCCAAUUGGGAGAUGUUAUGAAAGAAUCUUCUCGUUUGGCAUAUUCUUUCUCUAAGAUGUACCUUUCCAAAAAAUUUUCAGAAAACAGAUUUUUUGAAAAGGCAUCUAUUCAUCUGCAUUGUCCAGAGGGCGCUACUCCAAAAGAUGGGCCAUCUGCUGGUGUAACUAUGGCAUCAUCGUUUUUGUCAUUAGCUCUUAACAAAUCUAUCGAUCCCACAGUAGCCAUGACGGGUGAACUAACAUUAACAGGGAAAGUUUUAAGAAUUGGAGGUCUAAGAGAGAAAGCUGUAGCGGCUAAGAGAUCGGGAGCAAAAACGAUUAUUUUUCCCAAAGAAAAUAUGAGCGACUGGGCAGAAUUACCAGAAAAUGUGAAGGAGGGUUUGGAGCCUCUUGCUGCGGACUGGUACGAGGACAUUUUCCAAAGGUUAUUUGGAGAUGUUUCCAAAAAUGAGGGAAACUAUGUAUGGAAAUCCGAAUUUGAGAUGAUUGAUGCAAAAAAAGACAAAGAUGACUGA